AUACGAGAGAAUUUUCAGGAAACGCACGUCUCAUUCUCAUCUCUCCGCCCCCGGCCAUAGGUGCCAACGCCCCCCUCUACACGCCAACGCCGCCGCCGCCGCAUCAUCCUCGCAAUGGCGAAUCUGCCGCCGUCACUCUCCAUCGGCGCGCCCUCAACGCCCGCGCCCGCGUCCGCGCCGGCUCCGGCGGCGUCCAUGGACAGGAACAUGGCGACAGCGGAGCAACUCGUGCUCGACCUCUGCAACCCCGACCUCCGCGAGAACGCCCUCCUCGACCUCUCCAAGAAACGAGAAAAUUUUCAAGAUCUUGCUCCACUUAUAUGGCACUCUUUUGGCACGAUCGCUGCACUACUUCAGGAGAUUGUGUCAAUCUACCCAUCACUUUCACCCGCAACAUUAUCGCCAGGUCAAUCAAACCGUGUCUGCAAUGCACUUGCACUUCUUCAGUGUGUCGCAUCGCACCCUGACACUAGGAUCCCGUUCUUGACUGCACACAUUCCACUGUACCUUUACCCUUUCUUGAACACCACCACCAAGACAAGACAAUAUGAGUACUUGAGGCUUACCAGCUUGGGUGUGAUCGGUGCUCUUGUGAAGGUUGACGAUCCUGAAGUCAUCGCGUUUCUGCUGAAAACUGAAAUUAUUCCUCUAUGUCUGCGUACUAUGGAGAUGGGCAGUGAGCUUUCAAAAACGGUGGCCACUUUUAUUGUUCAAAAGAUUCUGCUUGAUGACACAGGACUUUUAUAUGCAUGUGCUACUGCUGAGCGUUUCUUUGCUGUAGCCAAUGUUCUAGCUCAGAUGGUUGAAGCACUUGCUGAACAGCCUUCCCCAAGGUUGUUGAAGCACAUAAUCCGCUGCUACCUCAGGCUGACAGAUAAUGCAAGGGCCUGUGCUAUGCUAAACAGUCACCUCCCGUCCUCAUUGAAAGACGGGACAUUCAACGACGUCCUUCAGAAUGAUCUCACAACACGGCGAUGGCUCCUCCAACUGCUGCAUAACAUUAUGAGCGCAAACAUGGGAGGAGGUCCUCAUGCAGGCCUGGAUCACAUUAUGGGGAUGUGAAUGAAGCCGGCCAAGCAACUUAUCUAUCAAGAGUCUAAACUAGAGCAUGUCUCGUAGGUAGCCUAGGGAAAGCUGUCGUGUUUUGCCUUCUGAAGAAGAUAGCUUAUGCCAUUUUGAGAGCAAAGAGGAAACUCUGUAGUUUUAGACUUUAGGUCCUGUUUCUAGCCUGUAGCGCUGCACAAAAUGCAGGAAGGUCUUCUCGGCUUUUGGUUACCAUUUCGAAGAUGAAAAAGGGUAAAACCUGACAGGCUCACAAGCUUCUCUUGUAAAGUUUUUCUAGUUCUGGUGACAAUGGUCAGGUAUCGAGACGAUAAUUUCGCAAUAAUACGAGACUGUAAAUUUGCACUGCCAA